CUGCGAAAACCACACAAGAGAAGAGGAGGCAAUGGCGAUCUUAUCCGGCAGCAUCUUCUCCAUGAGCAGAGCUUCAACGACGAUGGCGUCUCUAGCCAAUGACCCACCAUCUUCUCCUCUUCCGUCGAAACCUACGAAGAAACCAACGAAUGUCAGAACAGUAACCGGAAACCAAAACCAGCAAUUACGGAGGCAACGGCGAGACAAGAAGCCAUCAAUAGCUCAAAUCGAGCGAGCAUUUGGCGCUGGAUCAUAUCGUGAUUCUGAAGGGGAAAUGGAUAUGAAUACAGUAUUCGAUGAGCUUCUAUUGGGUCACGCUAAUAAAUUCGAAGGAAAACUUGAGAAAAAGCUACGAGAGAUCGGCGAAAUAUUCGUGGAUCGAACCGAGUCUAAGCUUCGUUCCUCCGGUAAACCAGUUUUGAUGUUUACAAUCCAAUGGAUUCUUCCAAUAUGGAUUUUGUCUCUGCUCGUAGCUUGUGGAGUAAUCAAACUUCCCUUUAGCCUCCCAUUACUCGAUGACUUGAUCAUG